GUUUUUGUUGUUGUUGUUUUUGUUUAUAUUUGUAGGCUGAACGCGUGCGCACUCCGCCCAAAGGGAACGCCUUCGAGGUCAAGAAGGUGAAAUAUGAAGCUUAGGUAAUCUCAUCUUAGUCUUUUCUCCACAGCACUCUGCACCGCCCGCACCUUGUUCGAUUUUUAGUGUGCGAGUCAUAGCGUUUGACACUUCUUCUCAAAUUUAAACUUUUACCGGAAACCAUCAUAAUCAUACAAAGAUGGCCAACAUUAACGCAUCUUCUUCUACUUCCUCACAAGCUGAACAGAUUGCUCAACGUGCUAAAAAGGCAUUCAAUGUUGCAUCAAGAAAUGUCGCUUCGGGGGCGAAAGGUGAUGAAACAAGAAAGGCAGUCUUGUUCAGACUGAAGUCCUUACUGGAAGAAGCCCAUACAGAAGUUCAAAAAGCCAAUGCAUUAGAUGUCGAAAAGGCAAAACAGGCCGGUCUUUCUCCUUCUCUAGUCUCACGUUUGGAUCUAUUCUCCAAACCUGGAAAAUGGCAAGGCAUGUUGGAUGGAAUCAGCCAAGUAGCCAAUUUGCCAAACCCAUUGGAACAGUGUACAUACGCAAAGCGUCUUGCCAAACCACAAUCGAGCGAAGGGGAAGCAUUAGAUCUUUACCGAAUAACUUGUCCGAUCGGAGUGUUACUUUGCAUCUUUGAAGCUCGUCCAGAGGUGAUCAUCAAUAUUGCCUGUCUUUCCAUUAAAUCAGGAAACGCUGCUAUCCUGAAGGGCGGAAAGGAAUCUCAUCAAUCUGCUGCUGUAUUGUCAAAAAUACUGCGGAGAGCUUUAGAAGAAAGUCAAGAGCUACCAAGUGAUCUUAUACAAACCGUCGAAACAAGGGAGGAUGUGAACAGUCUGUUGCGUUUAGAUGAAUACAUCGACUUAAUCAUUCCCCGUGGCUCGAAUGAACUUGUUCGAAACAUUCAACGUUCAGCCAGUAUCCCUGUCAUGGGACAUGCAGACGGUUUGUGUUCCGCUUACGUUCAUUCUGAUGCAGAAGCAAGAUCAACGAUCGCGAACCUGAUUGAUGCAAAGAUUGAUUACCCAGCAGCCUGCAAUGCAGUUGAAACAAUCCUUGUUCACAAAUCACAUCUCACCAGCCAAGGGCUUUUGACUACGGUCGCCAGAGCACUACUUGAAGCAAAUGUCACCAUUCACUUGGACGAAGACUGCUACAAAGCAUUGGACGACAAUAUCCGCUCAUCGGGUAACGUGAAGCAGGCACAAACCUCCGAUUUUGACACCGAAUUUCUAUCACUAGAUGUUGCUAUAAAAUCAGUAGAUUCACUGGAUGAUGCUAUCGCACAUAUCAACGAACACGGAUCACAUCACACUGACGUCAUCUUUACCGCUCCAACUUCUUCCAACAAUCCAUCUCACAACGAAGCGGCAGCUACAUUUGUUCGAUCGAUAGACAGCGCAAACGUAUAUGUCAAUGCAAGCACUCGAUUCGCUGAUGGAUUCCGAUACGGAUUCGGAACCGAAGUUGGUAUUUCGACUGGAAAGAUGCAUGCUCGUGGACCUGUGGGGUUGGAAGGAUUGGUGACGUACAAGUACGUUUUGCAGGGGUACGCAGGUCGACAGGUAUGUGCAGAUUUCAGUGCCGCCCCUGAUUCGGCACAAGGACGUUCCUUUGCCCAUGAAGAAAUCAAGAAGCAAUAUCCCCCACUUUGAAAGCU